GCAGCCUGGACUGACGAAGCGGGGUCUAUCGGAAUAGUUCAAAGCAUAUCAUACUUCCCACCUUGGUCGAAGUUCCUCAUUCCUCAAUGAUAGGUUCGAGUACAGUCAGAUUGUCAGUCCUGCUGACCUCGCAACUAUGUCACUCAAGCUGUUACCUAUUCGUAUAGCAGCUACUAUUGCAAUCUUGAUACCCAAACCUGAGUGCUUAUAACCACGAAAUUGCCGCUGUGAAAUGAUAAGAUCAUGAGCUCAUUUCAACUUCGACAGUGCUCUCGAUAGCUACAUAUCUGUAGACAUGUCGCGGUCGUGGCGGGGGCAAUGGUUCUGUUGAGAGUGCGGGGUGAAGCAACGAGGAGCGGGGGGGAUGUAAGAAGAUCCUCCUGUAGAUCGAAGAAUGUCACGCAGAUGCAAAGGAGCGCCGACUGGUGCAAAUGCAUCAAUGGCAACAGCCAGCAGUCGGUCCCCAUUCCCCCACGGGCUCAAUCAGCCCGGAUCCGAUCGUCACGUCCAUCCACCUCUCAUGGGGCCGCAUGGAGGGACGUGCGGUCGGUCAUUGGCCAGAGCGUUCGAGAGGGUCCACGAUCCGUGGGAGCAUGACGGAGGGCAACGAUACGGAAAUCCAAGAAUUCAGAGAGGAAAUCCAACAGUCCCUUGAACAAACUCGAACUCGACUACCUUAGCUCUGCGCCAUUGCGAUCGUGCCUCGUCCUCUCCCCCUCCUCCCCCUCUUCGUCAGCAGGAGAUCCGAAUAUUCCCGCAACAUACCUCACACAUAAGGACAACUCAUCGCCACCGCGAAUACCCUAUCCUUGUGAAACCCACAAUCGAAUUUGUGCCACCGCGCCGUUCUUCAGAACUCAUCGGAAUCGCAUCGUCCACUCCUCCAGAACGCGUCGAUCCAUCCCGAAUCGACUCUCCCAUCCUUCGUUCGAUUCCCCUCAGAAUCCUCUUAUCACCCAGCUUCCCCGUCGCAGUUCACCCGGUCGUGGACUCGAGGUGACGGCGACGCUCCGGUGCGGGCUUGGAUAAGAGAUUCUGCGAUCCCACCACUCCGGGCACAUGAGUAGCAAGCUUUGGGAAUAUUUCAUUCAAGAUGAUGUGGAGAGCUUCAGCCGGUACCUGGCGAACGCGACGUUCGCUGGACCGCGAGCUUCUGGAGUGUCUGGCGCAGCAGCUGCCGCGGCCACAGCGGCAACGCUGUCGUCAAAGACUGGAAGCCCCGGGUCAAUGAUCCCCUCGUCGCCGAAUCCAACCAAACAAAGGAAAGCAUCCGCGGGGUCGCCAGCAACCUCCGUACCAGACCGAUCGGGCUUUCCACGCGGCAACACCGCUCUGUCGCGCGCCGAUGUCAAUACCCGCGAUCAUUUCGGCAGGACGCUUCUGCAUCAUAUCGCAUCCUCGCCGAAACCCACGGCAUCGAGCUUUGCACGUGCGUUGCUCGAGAUUCCGUUCCUUGAUAUUUAUGCGCAAGACUGGGAAAGUGGUUGGACCGCAUUGCACAGAGCUUUGUAUGCCGGGAAUGCUACUAUUGCUCGAGCUUUGAUUGCGCGGGACACGCGGGAUAUGACGGAUUACAGCAAGCCGGGUCACACUAGUCAGAGUGGAAGCCUGAUCAAGAUCAAAGAUCGCGAGGGCUACAGCCCGUUCGACGUCUAUGGAUCUACCAUCACAUCUCGGGAUAUCAAGCAGAUCUCGUCAACAAGAUGGUCGGAGUCUCUGGCUUCUGAUAUCGAGGGUAGUGACGCUACUUCCAACCCUGGAUCCAAUUUUGGAGAGGGAGGUGAAGACGACGCUUAUAUUGUGCGAAGCGUCCUGAAAUCACGAACCGACUUUGCCGCCGACGAAGUUUUUACACUCGGUAGUAACAAGAAUCUGAAUCUUGGUCUUGGUGACCAGGAUGAUCGACAGUUUCCAGAAAGAAUCGUGCUCACGCGCCCGGAUCAUUUGCUGAACCGAUUCUAUCGUGAGUACGAGGAGCAGAUGGAGAAACUUGGUCUUGAGGAUCUCCUUGACCAUGGCAACUCAAACGAACUGCCCACGGUCAUCAAGAACAAGCCCAUGAAGCUUCAGAAUGUGGUCAUGUCAAAGCUGCAUACUGCCGUGAUUACGGAUGACCCUGAAGCCAACCUGUUCAUCUGUGGCUUUGGCCCUGGGGGUCGUCUUGGCACUGGGGAUGAAUCUACCCGGUUCAGCUUUGUGUGUAUCGAGACGGGUGGAUUGGCAGGUAGAAAGGUCAUGUCCGUUGCUCUUGGUCAAGACCACAGCUUGGCCAUCACCGAGUUCGGUGAGAUCUUCAGUUGGGGCAGCAAUAAAUUUGGUCAGCUCGGGUACAGCCUCCCCAGGACGAGCAACAAGAACGAUGUCCCUAUCCAGUCAACUCCGCGACAGAUCUUCAACCCUUUCAAGAAGGAAACUAUCCUCGGAGCGGCCGCUUCGUCCAUUCACUCGGUCGUCUUCAGCAACUCGGGUCUUUAUACAUUCGGCAAGAAUGAGGGCCAACUUGGCCUGGUCGACUCGGACGCUCGGUCGCUCGAAGUACAGACUACCCCACGACGUGUUGGUGCUUCUCUCUUCAAGUGCCCCGUCCAGAUGGUAUCUGCUAUCGACCGUGCGACAGCUGUGCUCCUCCAGAACCACGAGGUCUGGGUCUUCUCGCAAUAUGGCUAUUCCAAAAUUUCAUUCCCCCUCGAGGCAACCUCGAGAUUCAUCCGGGAUAGCUUCAUGGCUACGCGAUACGACAGUUCCGUGAAUCACGUUGUCAAGCUCGCAUGUGGCGGCAACACGAUCUGCGCCCUGUCCAGCUCUGGUGACGUCUUCACUGUUCAUGUGAACAAAUCUGAAGAUCCAUCAGCCCAAACAUCUACAACCAACCCUGCCAAGAUACGCAAUUCACUGGCUACUCCUGAAAGGGCUUGGUCUGUCAAAAAGUCUCACAUGGCUGCAAGUGAUGUCGAUGUUGGUCAAGAUGGAUCGAUUAUCAUUUGCACCACCUCAGGCUCAGCCUUCAGGAAAGAAAAGCGGACGAAGAACAAGGAGGGUGUAUCCAAAGACUACAAGUUCGCUCGGAUUCCGGGCCUAUCUAGGGCUGUGGCUGUACGCAGCAACGCCUUUGGAGCCUAUGCAGUUGCGCAGCGCGACUGCGACGUGACAAGAGAGCAAAUUCACAUUGAUGAGAGUACCCUCUGGGAUGACAUUCUGCCGCUCUCGCCGUUUAUCACCCCUUCUUUCGAUGACGUAGAGGUCAUUCUGGAUGAAGAUGCUACCGACAACCCAAUGCCGCUGUCCUCAGCAAUGGCUAUGAAAAGGGCAAUUUUUCAAUCAUCGGAGAUCGAAAGCCAAUUCCUUUCCAUUCGCUCCGAGGGAACUAUCUGGGUCACCAGCUCCCUAUCCGACGCCCGGAUUCCAGUGCAUGAGUUCCUGUUAACUGGUCGUAGCCCAGUGCUUCGCAAAGCCUUGCAAGAUUUCCGCGAGUUCUAUUACGCUUCUGUGCCUGAUGUCUUUGACAUCGAAUACGGUAAAGAUGGCAUUACCCAGAUUCGGCUUCUGGGUACUGAUUUUUUGACUGUCAUGAAUGUGGUGUUUUUCCUGUACACCGACGGCAUUCUCGAUGUUUGGCAUCAAGCUAGGAGCUCACCCGAGAAUGCAGCACGAUACCGUCAGGUUCGCCUUGAAAUCAUGAAGGUUGCGACUCAUUUGGGUCUUCCAAUGCUGGAACGCGCUGCGAGGUUGAUGGUAGAGCCCCAAAAGAGUUUGAAAACCGAUAUGGCUCAUGCGAUCAACCACCCCUCCUUCUUCAACGAUGCGGACCUGGUGGUUGAACUAAACGGGGACGUCGUCAAAGUUCACAGCCAAGUGGUCUGUCAACGAUGCCCCUUCUUCGAUACUCUGUUCCAUGGCCGCUCUGCGGGUGGAUGGAUUGCAUCUCGCCGAAAGAACCCUGCAGACAAGAUACACGUCGACCUCAAGCACAUUGAGCGGUCCACGUUUGACUUUGUCUUGCGGUAUCUGUAUGCUGACACGGAAGAACAACUCUUCGAUCAAGUCCGAACCAAGUCUCUUGAUGAACUCAUCGAUCUGCUUCUGGACAUCGUGUAUGUGUCCAACGAAUUGAUGAUCGACCGUUUGUCACAGAUAUGUCAAAAGAUGCUUGGUCGAUUCGUCCAUACUCGGAACAUUUCCUACCUUCUCAAUUCGGUUGCACCGAUCUUUGUCUCUGAGUUCAAAGAGGCCUCUCUGGAGUACAUCUGUCUGAAUCUUGAGGCCAUGCUUGCCAACCGUUACUUGGAAGAACUAAACGAAGACCUUCUUCAAAAGCUUGACAUGAUCUGCCAUGAGAAUCAAUUGUCAUGCUAUCCAGUCUCGCGCGGCCGUAACUCGGAAGACUAUGUCCUGGAGAAAUAUCCGGAGCUAGUGAGCUCCGUCGGAAUUGACAAGCAACGUCGCAUCGAUGCGAUGGCCUUGCAGUCUCGCCUCAGUGAAGUGGAAUCGUACGACUUCCGACCACGAGGCCCCGCAAAUGACAAGAUCAAUGCAUCACCAUUGGCGCGGAAGUCAAAGGGCAAUGUGCCAAGGGAUACUGAGAGUUCUGUCAAUAGUCCAUUGCUGAAACCAAGACAAUCCACGAACGAUCUCAUGUUCCAGAUGGAUGAUGAAGCUGCUCUUUCACCUGGCGAUUCCACCAAAGGAAAAGCCGCCAUGCGUGGGCUUGGUAUCGACAGCCGGUCUUAUCCUGAUUCACCGGCGCUGGGGGCAAGUAUUCCAGAAGGUGAAUCACUCGGCGACGGAGGCUUCCUUGAUGAACGAAUGUCUUCACCACGGGAGGGUUUGCUCGGGGAAUCUCCGACCGAAACGCGCGCAGUCGCAAUGCACCAGAAACGAGCUAUGGCUUCCCCGUUCGAUAUAGGCUCUGCGCCAUGGGGCUCUCCAGUGACCUUGAAUGGCAAGAAGGAUCUCAAGGAUAUUAUGGGCGAAACUUCACAAUCGAGGGUAUCCAACCUCACCUUGGAAAUGGAGAACCGACGGGAGAGCAGUGGCAACUUCAAUGCCAAACUAUCCCAAAAGGAGCGAAAGAAGAUGCAGCAACAGCAGAUGCAGGAGAAGCUAGCUGCCCAACAAAAGGAAAAAGCUUUCCCAAAGAGCCCCUGGCAAUUGCCUCCACCAGCUGCUCCCACGACGCCUGUCAAAGACCCUCUGCCUGGACAGAGUGGGCCCAGUACACCGACAUCAAAGCCGUCCAAGGUAGCUCAAAAGCCGGCCAUGACCCUUCGGCAAACAGUUGCUGGAACUCCUCCGGCACGCUCCAAGCCAAUGGCCACUCCCGUGAAGCCCCAGAAUCGCAGCGUCUCGGGCAAUGCCGCACCUCCUCCCUUCUCCAAACCGUCCCCUUCAUAUCCACCAACUUCCCCUCCACAAAACCUACCAAAAGCUUCGCCGCAACCCGCAAUCCAAUCUAUCCGUCACAUCCCCCGCCAAGAUCCAAACAUGCGCUCCCCAUCCGGCGGGUCCCACUCUCUUGCAACAAUCCUACUCCAACAACAAUCUGAAAAAGACGAGAUUCGCGAAGCAGCUACUGCUAAGCAUAAUCUGCAAGAAAUCCAAGCCGAGCAGGAGUUCCAACAAUGGUGGGACCAGGAAAGUAAACGUGUACAGGGUCUCCUUGAAGUUGAGCCUACUCAGCAGCCUGCUGGUGGGAAAGGUGGCCGCGGUGGGAAAGCCCCUGGUGCAGCUGGAAGCUCGCGCAAGCGCAGAGGCAAUAAGAAUACCGGGCCCGAUGCUGGUUAUCGGGAUCAAAAGCAUACUGCGCCUUCUGCGGCGUCUAGUACGCCUAAGAAGAACGUUAAUGCCAAUGGUUCUGCCCCGGUGCCUGUGCAGGGAUCUGUAGCAGGGAACCAUUCUUCUAGUGCGGGAGGUGGGAAGAAUGCCCGUCGUGGAGGACAUGGAAACCAGCGUGGCAGGGGAAAGGAUCGGGUAUAAAUAUCGUGUCUGUUUAAUAACCUCACUCCCUAUGCAUGUCUCGUGACAUGGUUUCCAAUUGUGUUCUCAUGUGCUGCUGUCCUUUCCAUCCCGCGCGUCUGAGAGAAGGCUGUGAUAACCCCUUCUUUCAUGGUAGCCCAACCCGUCCAAACUUACAAAUACCCCCCUCCUUUGAUUGUUUAUCAGCUACUCUCUUCUUUUCGGAUGUCAAUAUAUGUGACUAACAACCACGGAUACUCUGGCGUUUCACGGUUGAUCCUCGUGAGGAUUUGAUAGACUUGUUGUGCUUGCAAUAUAUUUCUCUUCAACGGGUUACCGUUGUGAAUCUUUCUACCAUUUUCGUUCUGGUCAUCUCUCGUCUAGCAUGAACAUCCACAAAUGCG